CCAUUUGUACCUGAACAACGCCCUAAUCUUCACGUCAUCGCUACCAGACACACGCCAAAUCUGCAUACUCUGCUUCAUGAAGGCAUUAUUUUUCUGAUGUGCUGCAUGAUUAGCCCGUCUUGGUUUGAAGCAUCGGUCACCUGUAUAAAUCGGUAACGUUUCCUCGGAGCGAGCAUAGGUGAAUGCGUGACUGGAGAAAAUCGUGGAAUGACCUGAACUUGAGGCCGGGUUAGGACUGUUGCAGGCUUUAUUAUUUGCUCAAUCGGUUGUGUGCGGUUCCGUACUCUGAAUCUUGUAAUCGCUGAACUGAUGAGUACUGCACCAGACCACCAGUGAGCAAGGUCAUAACAUCUAACGCAGCGCUUACGUCAGGGAACAUUGAUUCAUCGGUUUAGAGGUUUCGCCGGAGCCAAGAGGUUUGGCUAAGUAGGUUUCGUCAUGGAUUUGUGGAAUUCAAUUCUACUUCAUUCACCGCAGCGGUAUACAUCUGGAGCCGUUGGGUCCAGUGCUCGUGUGCUAGAUCCUGAAUUUAGGAGAUCAUGGGCUUGGAAACAGGGCAUUAUCGUUGAGCCUGACCUGAGCUCCGCAAAGAGAUUCAAAAGUGAAACUUCCCUCGUGAGGUAUAGCCUAAAAUUCAGUAUUACUCCAAGGGCCUUGAAUGGUCAGGCAUCAGCUCCACAGAACAACGAGGAAUUCAUCCCAGUCCAUUCUGAUCCAGAAGAUGCUGCGGUCCGAAGAUUGCUGGCCUCGCCAUGCUCAGAUGUGAUCCUCAAGGUGAAAAACUCAGGGUCUUUACAUCGGUUAUUCGAAGGAGAAUUCGUGGAGAAUUCUAACCGCUUAUUGUACAGGCAAAUGUUCGUGAUUAGAUCAUACGAAGUUGGAGCAGAUAAGACUACCGAUAUUACCACUAUCAUCAGCUUUUUUCAAGAAGUGUCCUUGUGCCAUGUGCAAUUAAUGGGGAUUAAAGGAGAUGGAUUUGGGGCUACGAAGGCCAUGAACUCUCAGGGGCUCAUCUGGGUGGUUUCUAAAAUGCACGUGGUAGUGGAGAAAUUCCCCAAAUGGUCGGACGUAAUUGUGAUCGACUCUUGGAUUGCUCGCUCUGGUAAGAAUGGAAUGCGCCGGGACUGGAUUGUGCGUCGUAGCGACACAAAUGAAGUGCUUAUCCGGGCCACGAGCAAUUGGUGCAAUAUGGACUCCAAAACGCGAAGAGUUUGUAGGAUGCCGGACACAGUUCGAGCAGAGCUCGAUCCUUUCUUUGAGGACGAGCAAUCUGCGUUUCAACAGAAGAAUAUGCUUUCCACCAAAAUAGUGAAGCUUGACAACCUCACGGCCAAGUACGUGAGCUCCCCGAUCACGUCUUGCAGGGCAGAUCUUGAUGUGAACCAACACGUGAGCAACCUCAAGUACAUCAUCUGGGCUCUUCAGAGUAUUCCAGACGAUCACAUAGAGACACACAACUUGGCAAGCAUCACGCUGGAAUACAGACGCGAAUUAAGUAAAAGCAAAAACGUCGUCGAGUCUCUCACCAGCUCCAAAACAGCUACUGAAGAAGUGCAACCCUUUGCAGCUUCAGUGCCUUCGCAGGGCUUUUGGCUUUCCCCUAGAUGCGAAUAUACUCAUCUUCUUCGAACCCAUGACUCCCAGCAGCUCGAAAUUGUUCGUGCCAGAACGACAUGGCGCCCAAAGUCGUGCAACACAGCACCUCUCGUCGUGGCCGGCAAUUGAGCUUCAAGUAGCAAGAGCUUGACACUAAUAUCUAGGAACCGAACCUGAGAUUUUUUAUCUUAAAUACUUCACUUGAGUGGAUAAAUAUGUUUUGGGGAUUAGCUUUUGAUAUUUGAGUUUUCCAAAAACAGUUACAUGAUUUGCCACAUUUUCUUUUAAAAGAACAGGCGGUUUUAUCAACUUUAGCAAAAUAUAUGUCGUUGAAAGUUAUACAUACCAUUUCAUUA